GAGCAAGACUCUGCCUUAAAAAACAAUAAUAAAACAAAAAAUAAACUUUUACCUUAGAAUAAUUUAAGAUAUGUAAAAGUAGAUAAAGAAAAAGUUUGGGACAUUCAGCCGGCCGUUCAGUCCCACGGACUUUGCAUUCCAGAACCAUGGCCCAAUUUGUCCGUAACCUUGUGGAGAAGACCCCGGCUCUGGUGAACGCUGCUGUGACUUACUCAAAGCCUCGAUUGGCCACAUUUUGGUACUAUGCCAAGGUUGAACUGGUUCCUCCCACCCCUGCUGAGAUCCCUAGAGCUAUUCAGAGCCUGAAAAAAAUAGUCAAUAGUGCUCAGACUGGUAGCUUCAAACAGCUCACAGUUAAGGAAGCUGUGCUGAAUGGUUUGGUGGCCACUGAGGUGUUGAUGUGGUUUUAUGUUGGAGAGAUCAUAGGCAAGCGUGGCAUCAUUGGCUAUGAUGUUUGAAGACCAAUCUUUAACAUCUGGUUAUAUUUGAUUUAGUAUUUGAGUGUUGUUGGACCAUGUGUGAUCAGACUGCUAUCUGAAUAAAAUAAGAUUUGUCAAAAAAAAAAAAAAAAAAA